GAGACACUCCUCAGCUGCUUAGACAUAUUCUGAGCCUACAGCAGAGGAACCUCCAAUCUCAGCACCAUGAACCAACGUGCUCUUCUUAUUUUCUGCCUUAUCUUUCUGACUCUGAGUGGCACUCAAGGAAUGCCUCUGUCUAGAACUGUGCGCUGUAUCUGCAUCGAGAUUAGUAAAAAACGGUUUAAUCCAAAGUCCUUAGAAAAACUUGAAAUUAUUCCUGCAAGUCAAUCAUGUCAACAUAUUGAGAUCAUUGCCACAAUGAAAAAGACAGGGGAGAAGAGAUGUCUGAAUCCAGAAUCCAAGGCCGUCGAGAAUUUGCUGAAAGCAGUCAGUAAGGAAAGGUCUAAACGUUCGCCUUAAACCCAGAGAGAAGCAAAACUCACCGCAGUGCUGAUAAGGAUGGACCACAGAGACGCUGCCUCUCCCAUCACUUCCCUAUGCAGAAUUCAUGUCAAGCCCUAA